CUUGGGGUACGUAGAUCCAUCCAUCAUCACCACGAGCGGCAAGCGUAACCGGACAGGGCCGCAUCAUGAGGCGCUUCUUCGUUACCCACGCGGCAAGCGUGUCGGUACUCGUUCUUCUAGCUGUCAACACCAUCGUACAUGCGGCAGUGGACGUGACGUUUCAUUCGCUGUGGAGUGCCAGUCCACUACAUCACGUGGUAAUCACCACCAACGAUCAUUGGCAAGACGUUCCCGACGCACAAGUUUACACAUUCCUUGCACGCCCGACCACCGUGCUCGUAUCGUAUUCGGUGACUGUGUUCCCUGAGAUCGCAUCGCUUCCGUCCACUGGCGGGUUCGCCAUCAUCGAUGAGACCAAAGCCAAAGGCAGCGACGAUCUUCUUGCGUUUCGGGUGGUCGUCGACGCAUUCCCAGCGCGGCAAUCUGGAGCGUCCACGGGUUACUUUCAAACUGAAUCGUCCAUUGUCAGCGGGUACUGGGCCACGUCACUCGCCGCCGGAAACCACUCAAUACACCUCCAAUGGAAAAAGCUCGGGAUGUACGUAACCAAGUGGUCGAUCAAUCCAGAUAUAGGCACAGGGUUCUCAGGAGGAUGUUCCCUUGUGGUGGCUGCCCAGCGCGCGGGCAUGUGGUACUCGCAGCCAUUGACCGCCAUCGCAGUCCUCAAGCCGUUGGAGUGGGAGCCCGUGAUGACAUUGAGUUUCACUCUGGCCACCAAGAUGAAUGUCCGGGUGCUUUAUCACAUUCCAGUUCGACCAGACACGCUGCGAGUUGACGGGGCGGGAUACGCUCUGGACGAAGUCGACGCGGUCGUCGACGUGGAUGGGAGUCGGUUCCGUGAAACCAGCGCGACAGUUUUGACCCAAGCCAAGUUCAGCCAGCCGGGGGUGCUGCUGGGGGACGUCACGUUGCCCCUAACACGGGGCGCGCAUGUCGUGACCGUGCUGUGGCGGCUGAGCUCCCCCACGGGGCGCAAGUGGCGGUCCAUGCCAUCGCUGUACGACGGCUUUAUGAUGGGCCGCCUGCUCGCUGUGAUGGGGGAAACCCUCAACGAUGUUGUCUAUGUGUCCAAGGACCCGACCAUCUACUCGGGCGUGCCGUCGUCGCAAUGGUACAACGUCGGGUCACCCCUUCGCUUUCACGUAGCCGCGACGUCGAAUGUGCUGGUGCAGUACUUUCUUCCGGUGCAGUUUCUGCGACACCCGUCGUUCCUGUCGUUCAACCAACUCGACGUGGGCGACGUCGGUGCCCGCUUGGUAGUGGACAACCAGCCGUAUCGAACGACGGGGGCAACGAUCAGCGGCGCGUCCAGGGGCGCCCAGACGGCCCAAGGAAACAUGGUGUUGAGUUUGCAUUCUGGAACCCAUGUGAUUCGACUGCAGUGGCAAUAUACACAACCCGGCGGGCUGGAGGCGCAGGACAUGGUGACGAUCUUGAACCACCUGAGUAACAACAACCAGGUCGUGGAGCUGUCGGUGCAAAUGGAUUUGUGGGUCGACAGCCCCGUCCUCGUUGCCCCCGUCGCCAUCCAUGGAGUUGAAAACCAACCAUUUACCAUCUUGCCGCCUGUCACGGUGCAAGAUGCCAGCCCAGACAGCGUUGUGGAAAUCAACUACGCGGUCGUCGUGUCGUUUGCAGCGCAGAAAGGACGACUGGACGUGUUGCCUUCGCCUAGUUCUGCGAUGACGUUUCUGUCGCAGAAUACAAUGCAAGGUCCAUUGUCUGACAUCAAUGAAGCCCUGGCCACCCUCACGUACACGCCCCCUGCGUCGUGGUACGGCACAGACACGAUCACGCUCACUGUCGCAGAUGCCAAGGCGUACGACGUGGAGCCUGUCUUUGGGCCCGCCACGGUGGUUGCCGUCACCGUCACACAUACCCCUCGUCCCCCCGGCCUGGUCUUACCUCUGGUGCAAUCGUCCGUGGCAGAAGACGGCAGUGUGGUCGUUCAAGGGCUGAGCGUGCAAGGAGACUUUACCUCUGUCACAGACAAUGGGUUGUUUAUCUCUCAAACGGUGGUUGUAUCGUUGCAAGUGUCUAGUGGUUUGUUAUCACCACAUGCAUCUGAAAAUGUUGUGUUUACGCUCGGGUCGGGUUCUGGAGAUGCGCACAUUCGCAUGCAGGGCAAUGUGACAGAUAUCAACCAUGCAUUAGCAUCGAUCGUGUACACUCCGGACGAAGACUUCAACUCGAUGCAGCACGUCGAGUCGUUGGAAGUGAUAGCCACGGAUGCCAAGAGCCAACUCACCGCGACCGCGUCCAUUCCGAUUCAAGUGCUGCAUCGAAACGAUCCGUCGACGGUGGACACGGUGAAGCCCUCCGUGGACCUGCGAGGGUACUCGCUCCAGGUGGCCCCGUCCGCUGCAGGUGAAAUCAUCUUUGUGCGACUUCAAGUUCAUUCUCCAUUGGGGCGAGUGAGUUUGCCGUCGGCGUCGACCAACGCGGUGUUUGCCACGAGCGCUCGAACGGCCCGGACGUUGGUCGUGCACGGUGUCGCAGCAGACAUCCAACAAACCAUGCAGACGAUCCGGUAUUCGCGGCACGGGGCGUUUUAUGGAAACGACCUCGUCUCAAUCGAAUGCAGCGCAUCGCCGACGUUCGAGACCAGUGAUCAGUCGUUCAUGCAGCUGCAGUUGUCCAAGGUGACGGCGUCCCUGAAUGCAGGUGUGCAGCUAUCGUCGAUCGCCCCAACGCAUGGGAGGCCUGAAGGAGGUACCGUUGUUCGGUUAACCGGUUCCAGCUUGGACGGGGCGGGCCUGUCUUGUCAAUUCGGCUCGGGGGAGCUGGUGCCCGUCGUUGCGAGCAGCUCCACGCAGGCCUCUUGUACUGCGUCGUCCGCGGGAUCUACCAAAGAUACGUUUGUUGUCGUGACCGAUGGCUUUGCCAUGUGGUCCAACAUUAUGCGAUACAGCUACGAUGAUCCGUGGGUCAUCGCCAGUGUGACACCGUCCGCGGUAACCCAAGCCUCCGUGCUGGUCUGGUCAGGACUGCAUCUCCCCAAUGCGAUCAACAUGACGUGCCAGUUUUCGACUGGCGCGUCGACCAGAGCGACAUACAUUUCAAAUCGCCAAGUUGAAUGCAAUAUGCCGCCAUUGGUAGGCCCAACCACGCAACUGGACGUGGUGUUUUCUCCAAACAACGGCGCAGACGUGUCCUCUGUGUACACGCUAACAGUCUAUGGAGACUUGAAGGUCGUUAGGAUGUGGCCAGACCAAGGACCCAGUGGAGGCAACACUCCCCUUCAAAUCCAAGUCACGAUUGUAUCUGCCACCAUGUUCUGUCGAUUUGACGGUGAUCACAAAGUGACAGCGACUGUUGUGAAUGCCACGACUAUUCAAUGUGUGACACCGUAUUUUAGUAAGCGGGGACAUGUGUCUGUGUCUGUGAGUUUGGACGGCAAGCACUUCGUAGCUGCAUCGUCAAUGUUCGUCGUGUAUGACACGCCGCACGUUACAUCCAUAUUUCCCCCGCUCGUUCGCCCUGCCGACUUUGUCACUGUCCAAGGCAUCCACUUUCCAGUCCCGAAUGAUGUGAUUUGUUUAUGGCAAUCCGCGGCGACGGGAGCUGUGCUAGCUCAGAGUGCACUAGUACCUUCAAAUAUGGGAACGAACAACUCUACCGUUCGUUGCCAAGUUCCGACGACUCUUCAAACACCAGUGGAGGUACAAGUGGACCUGUCGUUCAACGGUAUCGACUUUACGGCAGACAAUGUCAUUGUCACCGUUGUGACAACGUUGUUUUCAAUCGCUCCCACUUUUGUGUGGAACGUGGGUCUAUUCAAGGACAUUUGGAUCACCGGACCAAAUGGCCAUUUGGAUGUGGCUGGCAGCGCUCUGCAAUGCCAAGUUGGGUCGUCCAUAUCGCCCGUCGCGGCAACCGUGAUCAACUCCACGACUGCCACGUGUCGUGUGCUAUCAACAUGGCUUCAAUCCGACCUCGAAACCACAUUGACGUUUGGGUAUGCCGGGAGUCGUCUACCUCUGGGAACGUUUCCGUUUACUUUCGUGUCUCCCAUGACCAUCACAUCGAUGGCGCCACGGUUUGGACCGGGUGGCGCGGCUGUCACCAUGAUUCUGGCCAAGCCCCUGUCGUUAAGAAUGCAGGAAGCAGUCGGGUGCACCUUCGGGAACUUGUACGCUCGUGGGCAGGUGGUGAAUGGCAGUGUCGUGACCUGUGUGGUGCCCAUGACAGACUCUCCAACAACGUCAGUUCCAGUGUCGUUGGUUGUGGACAACCAAUUAGCAUCGUGGACGCCCGUGUAUUUCACGUACAUUGUACCGCCGACGAUGCUAGACAUUAUUGUGGUCCAGCGCAACCCAACCAUUGUGGUCGUUCGCACAACGGGCCCCCUUUUGCCAAACCUGUCGUGUUUGUUUGGAAACGAUCUCAUAACCCCAGCCACGACAAGAAUGGAUUCGCUCGAGGUCGAGUGCAUGGCUCCCCCGCCUUCGUCGUCGGUAUCUGGAUCCAUGCAAGUGCAAUUGCUGUACGAAAUGAUGCCGUACGCAGUCAACACAUUAACGUACCAGCCCCUUCCACCUGCCCAAGUCACAGCUGCGACUCCGAAUGUCGGGUUCAUCCAAGCCAACACGACCAUCGUAUUGCAAGGCAGCGGGCUUUCUGUCCCCUUGGUGUGCCAGUUCACAUGCUAUCCAGCGGACUCACCCUUCUCCACAUCGACAGCCCUUUUGUUGUCGUCGUCGAUGGCCCAAUGUGUCGCGCCUUCGCUUCCAUCGCCAGCCUUAACGGGUUGCUCUGUAUUGCAAGUCGUCGUCUUGGAAUCCCACACUGUGUUAUGGAGCUACGAGUUUCGAUACAUUGACCAAUCCAUGUUGCAAAUCCCCCCAGUAGUUGGGCGGCCAACGCUCCAAUUGAACGCGCCAUUCGUCGUUGACGCCAUGUGGGAUCUUGUCGUUCCCCCGGCUUCGAAUUUGAUUGCGUGUAGCUUUGACGACUUUUCCGACCUUGGUUCGUCUGUGGUUGUGACGCCUGCGAUCUCCGCCACACGAUUAUCGUGUCAUGUCCCCCGUGGGGCAAUUGGCGUCGGAGUCGUGCGAGUGCUUUGGCAGGAGUACGCCAUCUUCACCACGGACAUCGAAGUGAUUCCACCGGCGCGAGUGGAUUCGUACACUCCGUCGAUUGGAGCUACGACUGGAGGCACUCGACUCCGCAUUCGUGGCCAACGGUUCCAUCCAGCGUUGCCAUUGCAAUGCCGAUUUGAAGGGAGUUUGGCUGUGAAUGCCCAGUACAUGAACGAAACGCUUGUCGAGUGUGUGACGCCGCCGCGUGCACAACUCAACCAGACAAACGUGGAAGUGGUCGUGGGCCGUCAAGUCGUUUCGUUGCAACCUGGCUUCACCUACUUGGAUCCACCAACACUUGUCAAGGCAAUAGGAGGAUUGUUGAGCGUAUCUGUCCAAGUUUCAUUAAAUUCGCGACCCCAAGAACCAUUCGACGUGUACUGCAACAUUGCCAACAUCACUACCUUUGGCGAAUGGACGAAGAAUUCGACUAGUGUUCGAUGUGACGGCGGCGGGCCGUCGUCGGUGUCAUUGAGUUGGAACACGCAAGAAUGGAGUGAACGGCUGCCCAUUCAUGUGUCUUCUAGCGUGACGUCGUUGUGGCCUAUGAAGGUAUUCGCACGCCAAGCCCCGCAGUUGAUUAAAGUAGCCGGACAAGGCUUUUUUUUAGCCUCGCACUGUGUCGUGGGGACCAAACGUCGCGUAGUUGUUAACGCUACUGACGACAUUGUGUUUUGCCUUGUCCAUAGCGAUGAUCUGGGGGACAAUGCCGUCUCCGUGAGUAUCAGUGUGAACAACGGCCAGAUCGUUCUCGCUUCCAACUUGACAGUCGCAGUGUUCCCAGCCCCGACGCUUGAAGCCAUCGAACCUGCGUUUGGGUCAGUGUUGGGAGGUACACUGCUGCACAUGUGGGGGUCGAAUCUGCCCGUGGAAGAUGGCUCGGCGUGGUGCCAAUUUCGUCCCACCGUGGCAUCACGGGCCAUCAUCUGGAACACCUCGCUGGCUACGUGCACGACACCGCCAUUUACGAGCAUCGACGGCGACACCGAUCGAGUUCUGGUCACGCUGUGGGUGAGUUCGAGCGAUGUGUCGACGAAUGCGGUUGCGUAUGGUAUUGGUGCUAGCCCACAGCUGACACUGGUUUUAUCUCCAGGAUUUCUCUGGACAAACGCUACUCCCCAACCACUUUCUGUUCGAGGGACAUUCUUGAGAGACUCCAAGUGGAUGUCGUGUCGAUUGAUGUGUUCCGAUGGUCCUGGCAUUUACGAGGUGGUAGAGAUGACGGCUGCCCAGUGGAUCGAUGAAACAGAAGUCACGUGUGUUGGAGUGACGUGGCCAAUCGCCGGUUCAUUAGCAAUUCAAGUUUCCAACAACGGAUUUGACUUUGAUUCGAAUACGCUCCAUAUCCCAGUGGUGAACGUGCCUCAAAUUCAUGCCGUCAGUCCAUCGCAAGGGCCACCGAACACCGUGCUUCACAUCCAGUGGACAUUGGACCCAGCCUUCAAUUUGACUCAAGUGGCAUGUCUCCUGCAGCAGCCCACGGACGACGGAGUGGUGGCGGCUAGUACUACUAGUAGUAGUCUUACCAUCCCCGCGGUGAGUUUCAAUCACACGGUUGUGACCUGCAUCGUGGCCAAAGACACUCGACCGUCCACGGCGUUGAUUUGGCUGGUCGUCAACGACCAUCCCCAGCGAAUUCCCACAAUGGCUGCAUUCCAGAUCACUCCACAGCCCAUAUUGGACAGGGUGUACCUUCAACGUGGACUCCUUGGCUCGAGCGUGCACCUCGUUGGGACCAACUUCCCCUCUUCAGCUACCUGUCUGUUUCGUGUCAAUAUAAGUGAGGUGACUGUACUUGCCACUGUUACGAAUGCUUCGUUUGCAGCAUGCACCGUCCCCGCGAUGGUUCGUCAAGGUCAAGUUGCCCUUGGGGGUAGUUCGUUCUCGAUAUUUCAAGACGUUUGUGGUGCGACUGUCAAUUCAUUCUGGCCAGCUCUGGGACGUACCGGUGGUGGUACCCAAGUUAUUCUGCAAGGGUCCGGGUUUGCAGAUUCUGCCGCAUUGCGAUGCCAAUUUGGCGACGUUGAUGUGCCCGCAAUGUGGCUGUCCCCGUCCAACGUGUCGUGCCAAACGCCGCCAUCACAACAUGGUAAUGCAUCCCUGGUUUCUCUUUCACUUUAUGGGUGUGGGAAUGGCACGUCCACGUUCUUCUUUUAUUACAUUGACCCCCCGACCAUCGAUUACGCCGAGCGACAUGACGACGUGGGCGAAAUCCGGGUGUUUGUGUCUUCUGCGACUGCUGGAUGGCCGAGCAACGUCAGCUCGGUCACGUGCCACGCAGACAACCGACUGGUCCAAGGACGUUGGUUCGUUGGAAUGAACAGAGUGACGUGUCCUGUCUCUGUGUCUGUCCAUCGAGUUGGGCUGUCACUCAACGGAGUGGACGUGUCGAAUGUUGUGCUGGUGCGAGACAAUUUGCUUGUGUUGGUGGACAUCGUGCCUCGAAUGGGAUCUGUCGCCGGUGGACUCGUUUCUCUGAUCUCUACUGUGUUCAAUGCGUCGCGAUCGUAUGGAUGCGUGGUGGACAGACAAGUCCGUGUGGACUUGGUCGUGAUCAAUGCCACGCAUGGGCAAUGCAUGUUGCCGUCGUUCGACGGGUCGGACACGACGACCCACAGCAUCUCGUACUUUGAAAACCAAGCGGAUUAUGGUGAUACAGCUCCGCAAAGCAACACACUGGUGUACUGGGUAGUCCAGCCCCCUCAAGUCGACUCCAUCGACCCGGUACUCGCCUUUCAAUCCACGCUCACCACCGUCGCGUUGUUGGGACGUAAUUUCAUCGACUCGCCAAUGUACCAGUGUCGUAUUGGGAAUACCAGUUUGCCCGCGAAUUGGAUCAGCCCGACACAACUGAAUUGUGUGAUUGCCGUUGAGCUCCACGCGAAUGAGUACAGCGUCGGCUUGCUUUUCGCCGCAGAUGCAUCCAAUUUCCUAGUUCCGCAGCCACUCAAAUUGACCAUCUUACCCGACCCUGAGAUUGCCUUCAUCACUCCCACCCAUGGGAACGAAUUAACGACAAUCACAAUCGUCGGGUCGUCGUUUCCACAGCUAGUCAUGUGCGCCAUGGACCAAGCGUUCGUUCAACCAACCUUUGUCAACCAAACGAUGGUCGUCUGCGCCGUCCCGCCUCUGCUUUCGAUUCCGUCCGUCCUGAAGAUUUCUCUGGCUGUGAAUGGUCACACCAGCCUAGCGUCGGUGCUAUUUUCCGCUGAAGCCCCGCCGGCGAUCCUUCAAGUGUUUCCAGCUACUAUCGCGUCGACAUGGACGUCUCCGUUCCAGCUCAUGGGGUUGUUUACGAACACAACGCUACAAGUGCAAUGUCGAUUUGAAUCAACGUCGUGGCCACUAGUAAAAACGACUAUGGGCACCAUUGGCAAUCAAUCUACACUGGCCUUUUGUCCGCCGCCAAAGGUCUCUCCAUCGCUACGGAUUGCGCUGAGUGUCUCCACCAACGGACAAGCGUUCAGCAACCGUAUAAGUGUGUCGAUUGUGUCCCCCGCAACGUUGGCCUCGGUGCAGCCAUCCACCGUGAUCUUCGGACCCAAUUCCACCUCAGCCUUUGUGUCUUUACUGGGCUACAACAUGCCCACCGAGUGCACUUGUGAGUUUCGACUCGCUGGACAAGCGGUAGCUGUCAGCAGCAGUGCCACGUGGGUCUCGUCGUUCAAAGUCAACUGCAUUGUGCCGCCUUCUCUGGGCGUAAACACAUAUGCGAUAACGCUAGUAUAUCAAGGCAUGCCGCUGGCCCAAAAUGCGUUGCGUGUGGAGCUGGCUCCGGUUCCCACUGUGAUUCAAGUCUACCCCACAGCGACUGCAACGUUGCAAAACUCGUCCAUGACGAUCGUUGGCUCUGCGUUUUCAGCCAACACUCGGUUCAUGUGCUCGUUCGGAGAUAAGUUUGUCCAAGCGGUGCGAACCAAUUCGACUAUGCUGUCGUGCUUGAUUCCGUCCACCGCUGUGCCUAACGUUGUCGCGUUUACGCUCACGGGAAACGACGUGGUUGUGUUAGUGAAUCAGUCGUUUACGUACUUUGCGACCCCCCAAGUCGUGGAGAUCGUGCCGUCUAUCCUGCACCCUACUACUAGAUGCGACACUGUCGAUAUCCGUGGGUUCGAUCUCGUGCCCAUUCGAACGUGCCAUUGGGUGGCGCAACCAACUACGCCAACCGUCGUCGUCACAAGGGCCUUAUAUGUGAAUUCCACGCUCGUCCAAUGCAAUCUCGACACGGUGUUGGCCACAGGAACGUACAAUGUGUACGUACUUUGGAAUGGCCACGACCUAUCGCGAGUGGGAACCGUUCAAGUGGUUCCAGCGUUGCACUUGACGUCGAUGGUUCCGUCGUUUGGAAUGACGUGGCAGUCGGAGGUUGUUUUGUUUGGCUCAACCUUUUCCCCUCGAGAAACCGUGUGGUGCUAUUACGACUUGAUCCACGUUGAAGCGAUCGUUGUAAACUCGACCGCCCUACGGUGCAAUUUGCAGUUGAGUCCAGCCCAAAUCAAGACCCACCACGUCGUAUACGUUGCUGUUACAACCAACCAAGUCGAUUAUUCCAAUGCUCUGCCGUUUCAGUUUGCCCCAGAGUUUUACGUACGGGCGGCCAUGCCGGCCACGGGUACCGUCGCGGGCCAGUCGGAAGUGUACAUCGUGGGGUACUUUCCUGUCCAAUCUGGCACGUUUGAAUGUCGAUUCGGCUCGGCGUUUGUACCCGCGACGCCAUUGAAUUCAUCGUAUUUGGUGUGCUUGUCCCCGCCAUCUCCCACGUCGUCUGGUGUUCCGUUGGCUGUGGCUUGGAAUGACCUUGUCGUGGACAAUACAUUGUCGUUUGAAUAUGUCGACGCGUUCAAGAUUGUGCGUGUCCGACCGAUUUUCGUUCCAGUAGACAGUGCCGUGAAUUUGGAGGUCACCACCAACGGGGGACUAUCGCACGAGGACGCUGGUUCUAUCGUGUGCGGGGAUUUUGCACUGGCCCACAUCGUCAACUCAACAAGUAUGGUUUGUCCGUUCAGCUCCAAUCGCUUGGGUAUCCACACCAUUUACAUGCAGAACAAUCGACAACGAACCGUCCUUGGACAAGUGCAGGUCACAGUCUUAUCAGUGCUCGACAUUGACAACGUCACCCCCACUCAAAUUUCAGAAGCUGGUGGCGCAAUGGUCACCGUUCGAGUGGCCACCGACGACAUCAUGUCGUUGCAAUGCCGGUUUGGUGCAAACUCGAGUACUGUACAAGCCACGUACGUCUCGCAAAGGCACUUCACAUGCGCCGCUCCGCCUUCCAAACCAGGUCCAGUAACAGUGUCGUUUAGCUACAAUGACUUUGCCACACCUGCAAUGGCAUCUUGGAGUUUGCAGUACAGAGCCAUGGUCACCCUUCACCAGGUGACCCCUCGGGUAGGUCUUACGUUGGCGGCGUCGUCGACAGAAGUCAUGGUUCGAGGAACGAAUUUCUGGCCAUCCGUGCAUUGGCAGUGCCUUUUCGGUCGAUCCAACGUUGUGCCGGCGGUGUUUGUCAACAGCACCGCGAUUGCAUGUGCAGCUCCGGCUUUCGUGUCGGACACGACUGUGGACGUGUUUGUGAGCUGGAAUCGCCAAGAAACCAGCACCAACAGCGUCUUGUUCCAGGUCAUUUCGAUCCCGACAACUCUUGCAAUGCGAGUCGCACGGCAAGACCAGAUGAAUGCAACGGUGGUCGUCUACGGGGCGAGCGGGCAUUUUACGCCUGGCACGUACACUUGUGGUGUAUAUACCACGGCCAAUAACAACAACGUCAGUGGACCGAUCAUGGUUGCAGCAAGUCUGGUCAAUGCUUCAUCUGGGUUGGAGUGUAUCGUUCCGUCUAGCUUCGUCACGACAGACUUGACCGUCGACGUGUGGUUCCAAACGUCCAAAGUGGCAGCAUCUGUCGGCUUUGUAGUGGACUCGGCGGCCGAUGUCCUACUUAGUGGAUCGUAUUUCGUCCAAGAACCCCGUGUUCAGUUGUUUGGAGUGGGCUUGCACACGCACUUGCUGUGUGACUUUGGCGGGUCGGUCGUUGGUGUUGAGAAUGUGUUGCCAUAUGUGAUUCAGUGCACGUUGCCCCGAUCAACAACACCAACAACCACGCUGGUCGUGCGAGCUGGCCAGUCCCUCGUUGUCUUGCGGUCGUACGAGCUACCACGAGCCGUGCCGCCAGUAGUUCAAGCCGUGCUGCCCAAUUUCACGUCGUCGUUCAUGCUUGUGAAUGCCGAUUCCACCACCGUUGAAAUCAUUGGCACCCACUUUCAGCCGCUCGCGUCUGCGUACUGCGUCGUGAACUCAACCGUUCGAAUUCCGCUUCAAUUCGUGUCGACCUCGUCCAUGACGUGCAUUCUAUCGUCAAGGACGACGACAAGAUUGCCUCUAGGGGACGCAAUUCCGUUCGGAAUCGAGUACGGUGACGUGGUUCUGUUCUCGACAGUGUGGAAAACUUCCACGGGACCUUCUUUGAAGGCCAUGCCGCCAUUGAUAACAUACGGAUCGAAGAUGGACCUCCGCGGCACAUCGUUUCUGCCGAGUUUGUGGAUUCGCUACGGCAAUGACUUGGUGGUUCCGUGUAACGUGACGUCGGACUCGGUGGCCACGUGUCCAGCGCUGGCUAGCGGGGCGCACCCAACCGAGUGGGACGUUGCGUUAUCGACAAACGAAGGAAGGCAGUUUGUGUCCUUUCCCACCUUCGUCUUGGCCAUGAAACCUGCGGAGGCAGAGGUCCUUGACGUGUGGCCAUUGAUUGGAUUUGAGAACACUUCAACUCGAGUAACAGUUGAAGGUUAUUCCUUGGACACGCUGGAAACGCUAACAGCGGCAUCCUCGUCAACAGUGCAGUGUCUAUUUGGCACUGUGGCUUCGGCCGCCGUGGUCGCAUCCCCCACGGAACUGCACUGCAUGGCCCCGCGGCAAGCCCCUGGCCUUGUCACACUGUCCAUCGUUCCAGCAACAAUGUUCCGUCAGCUCAAGUCAUUUACCUUCCAGUACAUCGUACGACCAGUCCUGGUCAGUGUGCAACCGACUGUCGGAAGUGGCGGAACGCUCGUCACCGUUACAAUGUCGUUCAUUCCGUUCACUCCUACGCUUUCGUGCCAGUUUGAUGUGGAUAUGGUGCCGGCCAUGUAUGUGAAUUCCACGACGAUUGUAUGUCAAGCGCCUCGAUACCACUCGGCAGGCCGUGAGGCAUUGCGUGUGUUCCUGGACUCGGAAAACGAAGUCAUGCCCUCAACGUCAGCAUCAGCUACGUUUGAGUUCCGUCCGACGCCGGUAGUGUCCUCCGUAUGGCCUGACUACAUGUUGGACAAGGCAGAUGCCAUCUUGACCGUGCAUGGCUUCAAUCUUGACGUGAAUACGUCGUGUGUACUUGCCUGCAUAUCGUCGUCCAACCAGUCUGUUCUAGUCCAUAUCAAUACCACGGUGAUCUCCCCAACUGAAGUGCAAUGUGCAGUGAAAAAACACGGACGUUCGUGGCCAACCGAUGUAUCGUUGUACGUGUCAACGCUCGAGUCGAUCCAUUCCAAUGCCAUCAGCAUCAAGGUUCUGCAUGCCGUGCAGCCCCAGCAGUGGACUCUGUCGCCCAAAAGUGGCUCCAUACAAGGCGGAUACAGCAUUCAAAUCACGGGAGCGCAUUUCCCGAUGCUCACAGUAACGUGUUGGAUUGGCACCGUGCAAGCUCGAGGCAUGUGGGUGAGUUCCCAUUUAGUGACAUGCCGACUUCCGGCAGCCCCGGACACGUCCCUGCGACAAGUCACUCUUCAAUUUGGGGAAAUUACCAUUCCAACGCCCCUAGACUUUCAGUACACCGCCAACGCGGUCGUGCAGAGUUGCACCCCGUCCACUGGCAUUGCCAAUCUCCCUACAUUCAUUGAUGUUGCGGGAAUGCACUUUGCCUUUUCCCAGGAUGUGCAAUGUCAGUUUGAUCUCGUGUCGACGCCUGCCAUCCAUUUGUCGUCGACGUCUUUGUGGUGUCUCACGCCGCCACGUCACGUGGAAGGUACCGCGACGUUUCAAGUCGUGUCUGGUCUCGAUGUCCUUUGGACGAGCACUUUCACGUUUAUUCCGAUGCCGACUUUACACCGUCCUCCGUACCCGCUGGUGGGUUGGCCGUCGUCGACAGUGCACUUGAUGGGAUCUCAUUUGAUGUAUGUGGCGUAUUGCCAAUUUGGCGAUGCGACCAUCGUGCCAGUGCAAACGAAAAGUUCCACCCUUGUCACAUGUACGGUGCCCAACAACACACUGGGAAUGAUGUCUACCUCUAGCGUGUCUGUACGAGUCACUGCGGACGAGUUGCUGCCAACCACGCCGCUUCCGUUUACGUACAUCCGUCCCAUGUCGAUCACGUCCUUGGCCGUGCUUUCCAGCCACGUAUUGGAUGUAAUUGGGCAUUUCUACGACGCUUUGGAUCGUGUUGAUUGUGUCUUUGGCCUUGCUGGAAACACGUCAGGCGCAGUGGUGUCAUCCACACGGUUGAAAUGUCCGAUUCCUGACCGACAGAACACCACCGACGAGCUGGCCACGACUCCGUUUUCUGUGGUGUGGAAUUCUUGCAACGAAAUCCCGACAACCCCACCACUGCCCACAAAAGUCACGUUUACAUUUCCCAAGCCAGUCCGCGUCUCAAAGUUAGCUCCGGAUAGGGGGUCGGUGGAUGGAGGAACGCUGGUUCGCGUGUUUUUUGCUAGUGUUCCGAGCACGACGACGAGUGUGAAGUGCAUCUUUGGGUCGCAGUAUACCCUUGGUAGUUACGAAGCUGACCGUCGCAGUGUCGUGUGUGUGGCGCCCCGUGGAACCCCCAACGAAUCUGUCGAUGUGUCGCUCGUGGUGGACACUGCUUUGAUUGAAACAACGCUGAAGUAUCAGUACGUUGUCGUCCCUGAUGUUCUGUCCAUAGCCGUCAACUGGAUCAACGAAAUGGACUUGCAGCUUCGCGCGACUGUACGACCUCCGUUGUCGUCCAAUGCUACCGUGUGGCUACGAGCAAACGGAGGAGUGCCAUGUCGUGGAGUCAUUCUAAGCCAAACAGAGGUAUCAUGUGCCCUGACCAACGUUGUAAUCCAUACCACCCACCCAACGGACGAAUGGACGAUGGAACUGUCCGUCAAUGGAGUCGACUUCAAAGCCCUUUCAACCCAUCUAUAUAUCCGACCUGAACACAUGCAAGUGUUUGAGAUUACGCCGGCGUAUGCCAUGGUGAACACCUCCCAACAAGUGAUGGUCACGGGUCGUGGCUUUGAACUUUGCCAUCAACAACACAGGGGAGCGUUUUGCACGUGUGCAUUUGGAAAGGUUUCGACAGUCGCUCAGUACAUUUCCCGCACCUUGCUCACAUGCGAUGCCCCCCGCGCUUUCGUCGGUGAAGCGGUGCCGUUCGCACUGAUUGCCAACGGAACUAUCGUGCCUACGUCUGGCUCGGCUGGCCUCACGUUUGCAGUAGUACACAGUACUGUGGAUGCACUUUAUCCCCUUUCGGGGCUAGCUCGUGGCGGCGCUGUGAUCAACGUCCGAGGUUAUGACCUCGAUCCUCGUCUGGGGUGCUGGUUUGACGACAAGAUAUUUUUCCCGGCAACUGUUCUCAACUCGACGUGGCUGCAGUGUGUGGCACCUGCUCGCCGCACGUCGUCAACUGUUGCCUUGGCCAUAGUGUUAAGCUUAGAUCGUCAGCAGAUUUCCCCUGCCGUCAACUUUACCUAUGUCGAUACCCCCGUCGUCACCCAGAUGUCCCCCCCUGCUAUUUCUGACAUGGGCAGUCGCACUGUGUCCUUGGUCGUUGAAUCGUUUGUCGCUGGAAUGGAUUGGAGUUGUCGAUUCGAAACGUCGAGUGGCCAUAACUUUGCUGCGCCAGGAGUGUGGUAUGCUGAGAAUUCAACCUUCGCGUGCAACGUCCCUAACAUAAAGGAUUCCACGGCGGUGCUUGUUCACCUCGUGCUCAAUGGAAACGAGGUCAUUGAGACUGGAUGGCAGGUAGAUAUCCUUGCAUCCAACACGCUCAUGUCUGUCGUGCCCACACUAAUUCCCCGCGAUAUUGGGGUUCCAAUCGUCGUCCAAACGACGUUUGUCAUCCCCCGUUCCGUUAGCCUCCAGUGCAACUUUAUAGGGCCCAACACUACUGCGUACACUGUCCCAGCAUUGGCGGUGUCGACGACCAGCGUGGCUUGUGACAGUCCCCAGUUUGCACUUGCUGGAACUGCGACUCUAACCUUGGGUAUGUAUGGUCAAGCGUAUAGUACCAAUGCGCUGUCCAUGUACGUGUACGAUCGUCCGCUUGGGGUCAGCGUGCUUCCUGCGUUCGGACCCGUUGGUGGCAAUGUAUCUGUGCGUGUGUUGGGAACGAAUUUCUUGCCGUCCUUGGACCUGGCAUGUCGAUUUGGCUCUUCGAUAGCUGUACUCGGUCGUUACAUUUCUAGUAACGAAGUGCAUUGUGUUGCGCCUCCGUCCAUCAUAGCUGGCAUGGUCGACGUGUUUGUAACACUGAAUGGACUGUACUUCGACCCGCUGUCUCUCCAAUACGAGUACUUGCCCGAGUGGCACAUCCGCACCGUGACACCGUCGAACGCUCCUAUUUCCGGCGGCACGGCCAUUCAAAUCCUCUUAGCUUCUGCGACCUCGUUCAACGAAUCCGUCAGUUGCUCGUUUGAGCAUGGGGGGAUUGUGCCUGCCCGAACACUCUCAAACAACACGAUUGAGUGCGUGACGCCGCCCUUUGACCGCCCAACGUCGGUGCGACUCGGCCUUCAAACGUCGUCCUCUGGACUGACGCUGGCCCAAAGUGCCACUUUGAUUGAGUUUGUGUUGCCGAUUCAGAUUCAGUCCACGGCGCCCACGGCUGGCAUCGAACGGACAAAGCUGGCUGUGCACAUCUAUGGCUAUAACUUCCGUCCCACAGUGCAAUGCCGUGUCAACCACACAAUCAUUGAGGGUGGUGCCAUGCUCAUGUCGCCGUUCCAUGUCCGAUGCGUGAUCCCAGCUAAAUUGGCCCAAGACGUCGGUACUUUGGACGUGACCAACAACGUGAUCGACUUUGCCUUGGCGGCCACAGUGCACUUUUAUCCUCCGCUGAUCGCUGUAAAGGUGAGCCCCCACAAUGGCCCUGUUACAGGUGGAACUCCAAUUCGCCUCUACGGUGCCAACAUGCACUUGGUGUCGCUGUGUCGAUUUGAUCGUAUUUUGAUGCCCGUGACUCAUAUUCAACCCAAUGAGAUCGAGUGCACGACACCCCCGCAUGCCGCCGGUGUGAUUGAAGUGGCGCUGUCGGGCAACCACCGCGACUUCACGCCUGCGCUCGUUGGGUUUGAGUUCCAAUUAGUUCCCCAAGUCUCGUUGGUCCUUCCUCUGCAAGGCCAAGUCAAUUCGUUGGUUCAAGUGACCGGGUCGGGGUUUGUAUCCCCAGCUUGGUGUCGCUUCCACUCGGAGAUGGUCGAAGCGCAGGUGCUUUCGUCCGCGGCUUUGACAUGCAUGGCUCCCCCCCUUGUGCUGCCAGUGGUCAAUGGCAAAGUUCAAACCAAAGUGCCAGUUGAAGUGUCUCUGAACGAAGGGCAUGACUGGUCGUUCAACCAAGUCAUGUUUGAGUACGUUAGACCCUUUUCCGUACGCCGAGUGUCGCCCCUCGUCGGCUCAGAAAGUGGGCAAACAGCUGUACAUUUGUAUGGCCGUGGCUUCCAACCCUCCAAGCGCUAUACAUGCUACUUUGACACGAGUGAUGUCCUGGCGAUCUUUGUGUCGGCCAAGCAAUUGGUCUGCAAGACCCCGGCGCAUCUCCCCGGAACUGUCGCCCUCAUAUUAGCCGACGAACAAGCUAACACACAUUCCAUUCCGUUUGUGUUCCGAUACACGCCGGCCAUUACACUGCACGACGUGACGCCAUCGAUUGCAAGCUCCAACGGCGGCGACACGGUGUGGCUGGUUGGGUUGCACUUUUACUUCUCGUUUGCGAUGGCGUGUCAUUUUGACUCGACAGUUAUCCCUGCUGUGUUUUACAACGCGACGGCCGUGUCGUGCGUGACGCCGCCACACAUUUCCGGCGAUGUGACGCUGGGCUGGAGUGCGAACGGGGUCGACGUGGAGCCGUCCGGCUCGAUCUUGUUCACGUUUGUGGACCCCCCGGUGAUUGCUGCCGUGUCCAAGGUGUCUUCUGCGUUGGGGGAUGUCGUUCAAGUCACAGGCCGACAUAUUACGCCACAGACGGUAUGUUGGAUCGACGGAUAUGAGACACGGUCGGUGGUGGUGUCUACCAAUGCGAUCAAUUGUACUGUUCCGCCCCUGGAGAAUCGACCCACGGUUGGCACGUUGCAACUGAUUCGAGACACAUCAGUGCGUUCAAAUGUCGCUCGCCUUUUAUACAUGCUACCUGCCAUCGUUCGCAACAUCGUGCCACCUUUUGGGUCGACUCGUGGACGCACGCCGCUACGCAUCCUCGGGCAAAACUUCAACCGGUCGCUGCAUCUAGCAUGUGUCUUUUCUGCCAAUGCUACGUCUGCCGAACUCGAUCGAACGGUGGCGACGUUUGUGUCGCCAUACGAGCUGCAUUGCUUGUCCCCACCGACGCCCGAACCCCAAGCAAUGCAAGUAGCGGUAUUUCAGUAUGACGUGGCUGUCUCGUCCACUUCUGGAUCGUUUCGAACUAUCCCGUUCGCCCAAGUGUACCAAGUGACGCCUGACCAUGCAUUGCAUCGAGGGGGACAAUCAAUUGUAGUGCGAGGGGCGCAUUUCGUCCAGUCCAGCGCGUUGCGCUGUGCAUUCGGCACACAAUUGGUCCCUGCUGCGUACGUCAACUCGACGUGCGUGAGGUGUAUUGCUCCUGCGCAUGAGACAGGGUCCGUGGCCUUUGGAAUGAGUAACAACAACGUCGAUGUUGAAGCUACCGACGACGGCGUGCAGUUCACGUUUGUCCAACCUCUGUUUGUGCACAGUAUUUCGCCGGCCAGUGGUUCGGUUGUGGGCAACACGACGAUUGCGAUCACUGGCUCUGGCUUUGGACCUGCUCUGAUGUGUUGGUUUGGUGAUGUGUCAGUGGUCGCCGUCGUGACGUCCAACGCCAGCGCCGUGUGUGUCGCACCGCCGGCACAGAAAGACUUCAAAUCCACCAGCGUGAUGUUGGGGGUGUCUGUAGGCAGCCAGCCGCCCCUUGUGUUUGUCGAGUUUACGUAUGUCGUGACCAACCGCGUGGAGCGAUUGACACCGUCUCAGGCCUUCUCAGUUGGAGGGACGACGUUGAUGAUCCAAAUGACUCGAGCGACUCAAAAUGUGUCGUGUUGGUUUGGCAAUCAAUUACCCAUCGCAGCCACAAGAGUUUCGUCCACGCAAUUUGCAUGUGUUACCCCUUCAGCACCCGUCGGAAUUGUCAACUUGACCAUUACAAGCGGCACCCACGGCUCCAUGGACAUGCUUCCGUUUGAGUUUGUCCCGACGCCGAAAGUACUCAAUGUCGCCAAGCCAACCACUAGCCCUUUAAAUGGCGGUAGCGACAUUGAAGUCCUCGGGUUCCACGUCGAGUUUGUCCGCCAGUGUCUUGUUGGCGGGGCAGAGCCAGUCCCAGCUUAUGUCGUAGACCACAGUGUGCACUGCAUCAGUCCACCGCAACUCGAUCCUGGAUCGUACCCACUCGUCCUACUAUCCCCGUAUGGCAGCAUUGACACAACAUUCAGAGUGCAGUACGCCGAUGACAUUGCAGUUGUGGUCGCGGAAGGUUUUCCAGAUGAGUCCACACGUCCAGAAUUGCUUCUAGUGUUUCCAGACUCUGUUGAGACCAGUGGCGGAUCGGUGCUGCGAAUCCGCGGCCGUGGCUUUCAAAACAGUCGGUUCUUGGCGUGUCAAUUCGGCUACGACUCUGUGCCUGCCACGUACCUGUCGUCGACGCUCCUGACGUGCGUGGCGCCUCGCCAUGUGCCUGCGACAGUGGUGCUCGAAGUCACCUGCGACGGUGUGACGUUUUCGCUGUCGGGGACGGAAAUUCAAGUGGUACACGAUGCCGUGGUCACGCAACUGUCUCCCGGACACGGAACCCCCCACGGCAACACGUUGGUGACCAUCCAAGGCAGCCAUUUCCUUCCGAAUUCCCCGCACCUGGUGUGUCGCUUUGGACCUGUGCGAGUCCCGGCGACGUACGUGUCGUCGAAUGUGAUACAGUGCGCAACCCCCCCUCAAGAAGACACGGCCUCCAGUGUCGUCUUGGUGCACGUGUCCAAUAACAACGCGAGUUUUACCAGCCAUGGUCUGUUCUUCACGUACUCCCCCACCCCGUGGAUUUCCUCCAUUUGGCCAAUGCGAGCGACCCAAAUUGGAGGCACCAUUGUGACCGUUCGUGGCUACCAUUUUACACCUCGACAAGUGUUUUGUGUGUGGAACGUCUUGCCACAACGCACUAGUUUGGCUCAAGUCGUAACGGCCACGUUGCUGCGAUGCGUCACCCCUCGCAAUCUCCCUGUGGGGCCCCUGACCUUGCAACUAACUACAAACAACCAGGACUUGUCCACUGGUUUAAACCUCGUCAUUACUCCGAACGUGGUGCUUACAAAGCUCGUGCCGUCGAUUGGUCCAGCAUUGCGAGGGAGGACGUUGGUGCACGUCGUUGGGUCUGGCUUUGAAAACCAAGUGGAACUGUCGUGCCGGUUUGGAACUGCACAGGUCGCAGCGACGUUUAUAAACUCGACAUUGAUCCAAUGUGAGUCCCCGCCCCAUUCCGUAGGCACAAUUCCCCUCCAAGUAACUUGGAACGGCGUGGACGAAGCCGUGGAUGCUCUACCUUUUCAGUUUGUCGACGACUUGGAAGUUAGUGUGCUGACGCCUAUGCACAGUCUAGUUACAGGCCAACGCCCUGUGUUCGUCAAAGGACUGAACUUUCUCAACUCGAGUUCGCUCGCGUGUCGAUUCGGGGAGCUCAUGUCACCGGCCACCUUCAUUUCCUCAACCCUAUUGGUGUGCAUAGUGCCUUCUCGGGUAGGUAACUUGGUCGAUCCCGUGGGGCUGGUCUCGUUCGACGUGACAUGUAACGGUGUGGACUUUACAUCCAGUGGUCUUCAAUUUGAAUACCUCGGUGCAUGCCCUGCCUUGCGAUACUGCACUGACCACGACAUUGCCCUGGUUCCCAAUGGAACGUUCCCAGCGUCCGAUGGCCGCAACUUUUCGCAAUGUCCGCCGUCCACGUUUCAGCCUCGCGCCGGCCAGCCGUCGUGUCUUCCGUGUCCAGUUGGAUUCUACUGCCCAGACUUUGGCUUGUCGAAACCGAUUUUGUGUCCGGCGGGGUUUGUUUGCGACCGCCACGCGCUUCGCACGCCAGAAACCAUGUGUCCGGAAGGUCAUUAUUGUCUUCCGGGGACCAAGAGCACCAACGUGCUGGACUUCCAGAACCGAUCCGACUAUGUCGUGAAUUCUGAAACCGGCAUCACAACAUUUGAUGUGACGUCGCGGUCGUGGAGUGUCGUGCCUCGGCCAAGCCCAGCCACGGGGUCACGCCGUCUGGAGCAACCCCCCAACUUCGUGGACCCUCAGUGCCUCACUCGACAAUGCGAUUUCAACACGUCCAACCUCCUUGCUGAAAAGCCCUUUGUUUGUCCUUUGGGAACGUUCUGCCGCAGUGGCGUGUCGACUCCAUCGAUGCAACUCCAAAACUUCAGCUCCCCCCAGCCUUGUUUUCGAGGAUUUUUCUGUUCUAGGGGGUCCACGUCCCCCGAAGGCCAAGGGCCGUGUCCAUCUGGUUACUAUUGCCCGACCAUCACGGACGCCAUUGCGUGUCCACGGGGCUCGUACUGUCCCGGCGUCGGUAAUGUCAAGCCCAUCGCGUGCUACCCUGGGUCGUACCAACCGCUGGACACGCAACCCAUGUGCCAGUUGUGUCCGGUGGGGUAUAUUUGCCCAGGUUUCAACCGUACGGCGCCGGAGCUAUGCCCGGCAGGGUUUGUCUGCUCAUCUUGGGGGCUCAGCGUUCCCGUGGUCACAUGUCCGUCGGGGUUUUACUGUAACGAAGGCACGUGGUCCAGCGAUCCAGCCGAGCUCACCCAGCUCCGCCCGAUUCCUUGUUCGCGUGGAACAUUCUGCUACGCGGGGGUCAAGCAAGAUCUGACCAUCGACUGGCUUCCCAUUGCCCCUGAAGGAGCCACAGCCAAACAAACGUGCACGGAAGGAACGUUUUGUCCGGAGGGGACUGUCGCCAGUACACUGUGCUACCCUGGCCACUACUGUCCUCCGGGCACGCAAUUCCCAUUGCAAGUGCCAUUGGGCACGUUUUCUCAACGCGAAGGAUCGAUUGCCCCGACGUUGUGCUUCCCCGGAACUUUUUCCACGUUCAAAGCGAGCACAGAAUGCCGCGUUUGUCCGGCUGGGUACGCAUGUGCCGGCUAUGGCGUGUACAUUCCAUCCAUUUGCGCGGCAGGGUACUAUCGAUCGGUGGCGGAUUCCGUGACUUGCCGACUCUGUCCGGAAGGCACGUGGUCUCCAGACACCGGUCUUGCCGACAUUUCGUACUGCCAACCGUGUCCCGCCGGUCGUAUUUGUGGAUUCCAAGGGCUCAACAAUCUCAACCAGAGCAUUCCGUGCCCGUCGGGGUAUGUAUGCGGCGAAGCUACAACGCGGGAGCGGCAGUACUUUCACAUGUGCCCUGGUGGGUACCUCUGCGGCACGGAAACGACGCAGCCCAAGCAAUUUGACCACAUAUGUGCCAGUGGAAAUGUGUGCUAUCGAGGCACCAAGGACACGGAGAGCACGCGAUUCAACUGUCCGCAGGGGAGUUUUUGUCCGGCCGGCACGGCAGACCCCGGCGUAAAGGAGACGCAGUGUCCGCUUGGCACGUCGUCGCAGCCAGUGUCGAACGAAUUGACUGACUGCAGCAUCUUGCCUGUGGCCGUGUGCGACAAGUCGCCCGUCGACACGUCGUAUUACCCCGUGUUCUCGUACGUGUUCCAAGGCACGACAUAUCAGUACAACUCGCAGACCAACAUUGGCCGGACACCGGAGAUUCAAAUCCUCAAGAAAAUUCUGCCCGUGAACCUCAGUGCCAGCGCCGCGCCGUGGGUGAAUGACACCAUCGAUGUGAUCCGGUCCUGUCCGACUGUCGUGCCGAGCGUCGGCGGUACCCUCGUAACGAUCGUGGGCCGGAACUUUCUACCGUCCAACCGCCUUACAUGUGAGUUUCAGCUAUUGGGAGGCGAUCUUGUGUUCAUGUCUGUCCCCGCCGCCUACGUCAACUCUACUCGAGUGAUGUGCCGGACGCCGCCGUUCACGUUUGUCGCCGACUCGUCGCAGCUCGAGGCGGACGUGAUGGUCUACGUGACCAACUUUGGUGUCCAUCGCAGUGCCACGGGGGCGUCGAUCUUGUACACGUCGAAUCCAAUCACGGUCGACAUGGACUGUGGCUACAACGACGACGAAGAAGGGCCCCGGCCCAAAGCGCUCGGGUGGUUUGCCCUUCGCGCGUUUUCGCAAGCGUUUUUGUCGUUUGACUUGCGCGCGAUUCCAGCUGACAUGGUGUACGACGAGCAUUACAAGAUCGCCUUGUACGUGACGCCCAGUAUAUGCCAGGAUGAGCAAUGUGACGGGCGUGGGAUUCUGAAACCGCCAGGGGACGACACGGAGACGAGUCCAUGCCGCCAGCCGAUCGUGUUACCGUCGUGGAUUACGUCAUCCGACUUUGAACAGCGCACAGUCGUCAACUUGACGGUCAUGGCGCUCGAAGACAUGCUUAUCAAGCCCGAGAUUCACCUCCUGUAUGGGCUGUUCUUGGCUGCCGAGGACUUUUUCGUCAACACGACGCAAGUGGAUAUCACGUCGCCUGCCAGAGCCAACGUCACGCAAGGCAUCGUCGCCGACAGUCGACCCCUGUCGUCCGUGAUUUCGUUUGAAGAGCGCCUUGUCCCAAGGGAGUAUACGUUUGUGGCCAUCUAUCGCCAUGAGUACAGCCUGGUGACUCCCGUGCCGCUGAAUCUGCCGCCCCGAUUCGACCAAUUCGAGCGUGGCCGCGUGCUGAUCAAGGCCAACGUGUCUGUCGGCAGCGACCAGCCGAAUCUUCGAGAUAUUCCGACGCCCCUGCCCCUAAACUAUUGGAAACUCCCGUACGACACGCUCGAAACGACUGUCGCCAAGACGGCAAAGUACCGCGAAACGUUUCAAGGACUCAGUGCUGCCCACGACACGUAUGCUAUGGAGCAGGUCGUGCUGCCGUACUUGCCGUUCUUUUCGCAUUGCCGAACAUACGACUCGUACAUUCCAAUCUACGACCUGCUGGAAAGCCCCGUCGAGUGCCAGUUGCCAGGCUUGGAAGUGUUUGACCGGAACUGGUGGCGUCGAACGUUUCCGCCCAUCCCAAACCAAGACGACAUUCGGGUGGUCGCGCCCACAGACGUCCUCGAGGAACCUGUCGCAGAUUACUGCUACCGCCAACUUCAGUGCAAUUACGAAGAAGACUUGGCGUCCGUGGACGUCAACCCGAGGUGGUACGAGGCCAAGGACCUCACUCAUUUAUUUGACAUGUUGAACGAACCCGUCAUGUACGCGCAAUAUUUGCAAGGGGGCGACCUGUACAACACGUUGCUGGCCGCGGCCAACUCGGACAUUUUCGUGCCCGUGCUCGUCGAUCGAACUGCCGCCGAGCGCAUCGAGGGCGGGUGUCUGCUCCAGUGCUACCCUCGCAGCGUUACGCUGCAGCUAAUGUACUACCAAGUGACUUCGGAGCUCAAACGCUUGGUGUCGGCGACGCUGGUCUUUGAUGAAUUCGACAACGACGCCAGUGUGUCAGACUAUACGCUCAAGGUCGAGUACGCGCCGUUGAACUACAUUGAGCUCGUGAUCCACUUUGCGUUCGACCUGAACGUGUUCAUGGUGCUCUUCAGUUGCAUUGGGUUCACCUGCACAGCGAUUGCCAGUGUGUUUUGGCUCAUCACGCGCCUCACGACCAGAAUCCGGGACCCGCCCAAGUUGCGGUACUUGUCGUACCUGGCGCUGAUAGCCCCGCCCCCGACGAUCGGCAUCGUGCUGGCGUCCGUGCCGUGUGCCACCGUCAUCGGGGCGUUCUACCUCUUGCUAAAUGGCGACGUUUUUGGGGACUAUAAGGCCAACGCGUACCCGUGGUCGCCGUGGGGGUCCGAGUUCUGGGGCCUCGACAACAUGAAGAACCACUAUAUGGCGCUGCAAGUGGACCCGACGAUGGUGCAAACCCUUCGCCACGGCCGUGUGGGGCUAUGUUUUUUCAUCCUGGCCAUCUUCCUGCUGUGCGAAGGGGUGAUGAUCUUCAUCCCUCGUACGAUUUCCAUCUCGGAGCGAGCGGCCGAGGACAAGGGUGGCGACGACGAGUCACUUUGGAAGCCCACACCGUGGCGCCGCGCCAACGUCAUACUCACCUGCGCCGUGGUGUCACUGUUUCUAGUCAUGGUGAUCGAGUACUCGUUCUGGAUCGACUUUGGCGCCAACAUCUUUUACACCCAAUUGUCGUUUGAACUGGUCGUGCCGACCGUGAUCAUGGUCGUCGAUGCGUGUGUGAGCGACUCGCUGCUGUACGCCCCCAUCGUAUGCGUGAUUAACGUGAUCUUUGCCAUGGUGUUGAUGGCGGCGCCAGACUUUUUGGGGUUUGUGAUCGCGUCGUUCACGGCGUUCGGUCUCGUCCUCGUGCGCCGCGUGUACAUGAAGCCCACGUUUCAUGCCAUAGUCCAGACUCUCAAGGAGACGGCGGCGGCAUCGAAAGGGCUCGCCAAGCAAGCCGCCACAAUGAUGAGGUUUUACCUUGGACGAAAGCCAAAGAAGCCACCCGUGGCGGACGGAAAAAGCGCCGACGCGACCAAGAAAGAAGACGACCCCCCCCUGCCUCCCAAAGUGGACACCGACGACGGCGGCGGCGCGACCGUGGAACCUAUCAUCGACUGCUGCAUGGAGUACACGAUGACGACCCUGGCCAUGUUCUUCCAGCCGAUUGUAAUUGCCCUGCUCAUGGUGUUUCGGGCCGAAACCUCCAUGUCUGACAACUGGAGCAUCCGCCACCAAGACAUGGAGUACUACUUUUUCUACUUUACGCUGUUGAUUCCGUUCCGGUUGUUGGCUGACGUGUUCAUUCUCCACGUGAUCGAGCUGUUUCGCGGGUGGAAGCUGUAUGAUUACUUUGUCUACUGCCGAUACCGGUUCAUUCAGCGCGAACAUCGAUGGAAGGGUAUGGAACACAACCUGGACGAGUGCAUCGAGCAGGGCGUGCGCCACUUGGAUCAAAUGUGCUUUUCGUCGCAGUACUACUUUAUGUGCGCGAUUCAAACGUGGGGCAUGCUGAGCCUCAUCUUGGCGAUUGAAAUCAUGGUGCGCAACCAGUACAACAUGUUUGGCGACCCCGCCGCCAUCUACUUGAUUCCGUUCAUGCUGUCCGUGUGCGUCUUUACACGCAACAUGUGCCUGUACAUUUCCCGCAAGUUUGCCAUGUACAAACUCCGCCACGAAAACACGGCGUGGCACAACGCCCCCGACGACGACGACAGCGGCGUCCCCGACUGGGAAGAGCUCGAGCGGAUCAAGGGGGCAUCCCACGAAGCCUUCCUCAUGAACCAGCGCCUCACGAGUGAGACAUUCCGAUUCAAGUUUCUCAACUACAACCGCCCGUGGAUCGUCGCCCAGCUGCCCAACAUUCUCACCCCGAGGACUCUCCGACGCGCGCGGCCAUACUUGAUCACUCAGUUUUCCAAGAUCCUCAGCAGUUUGAACCCAAAUGUGUCGGACGAUGACGACGACGACGGCAAGCCGCAUUUUGGGCCUGUGUCACUGAACGCGCCAUCUCGCGACCUCAUUCGCCUGUGGCUAGCCAAGGCGAGGCGGAGGCUACGGCUACGUCUGGCGGUGCAGCCGCUGAUCAACGCCGCUCGCAAAGUCGAGUGCGAAAGCUGCCUGAGUCGGCGGCAACUCCAGGUCGAAAUGGUCAUUCCCAUCGAAGUCAUGGGCGACAAGUUUGAGCGUUCGUUUCCAAGCGACGAAUUCGACGUGGCCGAGUGGAAAAAGUACUUUGCACAGCACCAAAAGUUCAAAACGCUGUGUCUCAGCUGCCUCGCCAAGCAAAAACUCGAGAUGCGCAUGCCCGCGCUCGGCUCCACCGGCGACCACGCCGACGACGACGAAGCCGCCGCCACUCUCGGCUUUGGACAGGUGUACCUAACCGCGGCCUCCCGCGCCCUCAUGCUCAAGUGGUACCGCCUCGGCCAAGAUCGUGUGUUUGGCAAGACCGGCAAGCGUCGCGCCGUCGCAAACGUGAGCGACGACGACGAUGACGUGGCGACGCGUGGGGCCAUCUGGGCGAAUCGCCCCGUGCGUCUGAAUGCAGCGUCGACGGCGGUUGCGCUGAAAUGGAUGGUCAGCGCGCGUUUGAAUCUCAAAGCCAAAGUGCAGGGCAAAAAGGUCACGCCGUUGGAAACGUCGGCCAAGCCCAAGCGAAAGAAACCCCCGACCAAGGAAACCAUGAAGGCCCAGCGCACAAAGCGCAAGUAGAUGAUAACUCCCAACAUACAGACUCGAGCAUGGGACGGC